AUGUUCUGGGCAGAUGCUGGCCCCUUCCGGCCUUCCCGACUGCCCCCCGCCGUGUCCCCACAACCCGGGCUGCUCUCAGGCGACUGCUUCGUGCCUAAGACCGUCAAAGAGGACGCCCUCCUCGCUCCCUCCCAGCGCCCCAGCAGCGCUGACGGCCCUCGGAGCUCCGUGGCCGGCAGCCAGUCGGGAGAAAGCGUCCAGCGCCGGCGGCGGCGCCUCAUCUUCUUGGGGCGAGAGCGGCAGAGCUUGCUGGCUCACGAGGCCUCGCGCUCUGCCCGCGACGGCCACGCGCUCGUUGGCGUCGGUGCUGUCGUUGACGGCCGGAAGUGUCAGUCAGGUGUGCGCUGUGUUUGCCACCAGCACCCUCCUGCUUCCGGGUCUUUCCAGGCCCGCACGGCAGAGAAAAUCACACGUCUUGUCCCCGUUUUUGUUCUCUUUCAGAUUGACUCGUGGUGCAAAGACAACAGCUACGUGGUUGCUGGUUAUUACCAAGCUAAUGAGCGAGUGAAGGAUGCCAGCCCAAACCAGGUUGCAGAGAAGGUGGCCUCCAGAAUCGCCGAGGGCUUCAGCGACACGGCGCUCAUCAUGGUGGACAACACCAAGUUCACGAUGGACUGCGUGGUGCCCACCAUCCACGUGUACGAGCACCAUGAAAACAAGUGGCGGUGCAGAGACCCACACUAUGACUACUGUGAAGACUGGCCAGAGGCCCAGAGGAUCUUGGCGUCACUCCUGGACAGCCGGUCCUACGAGACCCUCGUGGACUUCGAUAACCACCUGGAUGACAUUCGCAAUGAGUGGACAAACCCAGAGAUCAACAAAGCGGUCCUUCACCUGUGUUAGGGAGGUGGCGGAGCCGGCCCGGGCACCCCAACGGGCGAAGGAGCAGUUAACUGCCUCGGGGCCUGUGUGGAGGCUGCCACUGCAGGAGCGGCCUUGACAGGCCGGUGUGCCGUCUGGCCUCGCCGUGCGAGCGGCAGGGGAGGCGGCCCGUCUGGCCCGAGCGCCCAGGGGCGUCCCUCCCGUGGUACGCGGCUGUGAUUGAUCCUCCACGUGAAAGCGGUGUCUGCUUGCACGACAUUGCUCCUAUUAAACACUUUUAACUA